CAUAUAAGCCCAUCAUAUAUUUUUAUUAAAUAUGAGUAUAUUUUAAGAUCAUCUUCCUUCAAAAAUUGUCCGAGACUCAGAGCAAGUACGCAAAAGCCAUGGCAGACGAUGGGCUUCCUCCUCCCAUACGCCUUAUGAAUUUUAUUUCCGAAGAUCAGUUAGAAGAAGCUAAAAGAACAAGGGGGGCUAGGCUUGAAGAUGGUACUGCUCAGAGAGAUAGACCCCUUUUCGAGGUCCUAAAGGAGAAUAAAGACAAAAAAGAUGCGGAAUUCAAUGAAAGAUUCAAACACAGACCUCCAAAGGCUUUAGAUGAAGAUGAAACUGAGUUUCUUGAUAGACUAGAGAUGUCAAGGAGAGAAUAUGAAAGGCAAAUGGCAGAUGAAGAGGCGGAACAGCUGCAAAGAUUUCAGGCAGCUGUUGAUGCACAAUCUGUCGUUGUCCAUGAAAUUAAGGAAGCACCCCCUGUCCCAAAGGUUCAGGAACCCAAAAAGCUUAUUGGAAAGAAGAAUCCUCCUUUAGGUAUGAUUAUAAAAGUUAAGCCACAAGCAAAGAAAGCAAAGGUCGACGUGGACAAUCCAUCAAAAUCUGUUGAGAUUGCAAGAACUGAUAUUGGCCGAGUCACGCCUUCAACAAACAGCAAUGGUGAUAAAUCCAGUCCUGUUGUCAAUAGUAGUUUGAGUGGUCUUGUUUCAUAUAGUGAUGAAAGUGAUGACGAGUGAUUAGUAAAAAAAACUUUGCGAAAUAGUUCUUGGGGUAGCUUCAUGUUGUACCGUAUACUUGAUACUUCUUUAUCGAAAGACAAAUUUAGUGGAAUACGUGUUUUUCAA